UUCCACGAGGCCAUGAAAGCUUGCGCAUCUCUCAAAUCAGUUCAUGUGGCUCGGAAAAUCCAUGCUCAGCUCAUCUCAACAGGAUUAGUCUCUUCUAUUUUCCUCCAAAACAAUCUUUUGAACAUGUACUCCAGUUGUGGCUUGAUAGACGAUGCUAAACGUGUCUUUUUUAGUUCUAGGUAUCGUAAUGUUUUUAGUUAUAAUAUUAUUAUCGGCGGGUUGGCGAAUUCGGGUCUGGUCGUAGACGCUGAAAAGUUGUUUGAUGAAAUGCCUGAAAGAGACUCAGUUUCUUGGAACUCGAUGAUGUCGGGUUACUUUUGGAAUGGAAAGUAUGAGGAAGUUGUAAAGAUUUUUGUUUCGAUGGUUCGAGAGUGUAGUUGUGUUCCUAAUUUGUACUCGUUCUCUUGUGUGAUGAAGGCUUGUGGUUGUCUAGGAUAUGUCAAAUUGGCUAUACAAUUGCACGCAUUUGCCAAGAAAUUUAGCUUUGUCAGUGACUCGUCUAUUGAGAAAUCGAGUUUGGAUAUGUAUGUUAAGUGUGGUGGUAUUGAUUACGCUGAGAGAUUUUUUUCGAGGAUGAAAAAUCCAAGUUUGUUUUGUUGGAAUAGUAUGAUUUAUGGUUAUUCAAUAGUAUAUGGGGUUGAGAAGGCUCUUGAUAUAUUCAAGAGAAUGGCUGAACGUGAUUCCGUGUCGUGGAACAUAAUCAUUUCGUUCUUGUCCAAGCAUGGCUUCGGGGUUGAGAGUCUUUGUAUGUUUGUUGAGAUGUGCAGGCAAGGUUUUGGAUUGAAUUCCUUGACAUAUGCAAGCGUUCUUAGAGCAUGUACCAGCCUUUAUGAUCUGGAAUGGGGAGCCCAUUUGCAUGCUCGGUUUAUCCGUUUGGAAUCUUUUCUUGAUAUUAUUGUGGGCAAUGGUUUGAUUAAUAUGUAUGCAAAGUGUGGACACUUAGUAUUUGCAAGGCGGGUUUUCAACAGCUUAACAGAACGUGAUUCAGUUUCAUGGACUUCUUUAAUUUAUGGGGCUGCACAUUUUGGGCUUGGAGAAGAAGCUUUGCUAUUAUUUAGCCAAAUGAGAGAUGCUCAUGUUGACUUAGAUGAGUUUAUCCUUGCCACUGUUCUUGGGGUUUGUUCCAGGCAAAAUCAUCUUUCUGUUGGAGAACAACUUCAUGCCCAUACAAUCAAGACUGGAAUGGAGUCCUUUGUUCCUGUUGGAAAUGCUCUAGUUACAAUGUAUGCCAAGUGUGGUGGUAAUAUUCAGAAAGCGUAUUAUGAAUUUGAAUUGAUGCCAAGAAGAAAUAUAAUAUCUUGGACAGCAAUGAUCACCGCAUUCUCUCAAAAUGGUGAUGUUGAAAAAGCCUGGGAUUGUUUUAAUAAAAUGCCAGAGAGAAAUCUUAUAACUUGGAAUUCAAUGAUAAGUACAUAUAAUCAACAUGGGUUUUGGGAAGAUGGUUUAAAUCUGUAUAUUUUAAUGCUAAGGGAAGGAGUUAAGCCGGAUUGGGUCACUUUUGCUACUUCAAUUGUUGCCUGUGCUAAUUUAACAAUAUUAAAGCUAGGUACUCAAAUCGUGGCUCAAGCUGAAAAAUUAGGCUUUGGCUCUAAUGUUUCAGUUGCAAACAGUGUUCUUACUAUGUAUUCAAGAUGUGGACAAAUUGAAGAAGCUCAGAAAAUUUUUGAUUCAAUAGGUAAGAAAAAUCUGAUUUCUUGGAAUGCAAUGAUGGCAGUAUAUGCUCAGAAUGGUAAAGGGAAUAAAGUUAUUGAGAUUUUUGAGGAUAUGUUAACAAUGAAAUGCAAACCUGAUCAUAUAAGUUUUGUAGCUCUUCUUUCUGAUCUACUUGGGCGCUCUGGGUUGCUGGAGGAGGCUAAGAGUUUGAUUGAUGGAAUGCCUUUUAAACCAACUGUUGAUAUAUGGGGAGCUCUGCUUGGUGCUUGUCAGAUCCAUCGUAAUACAAACUUAGCAGAACUUAUCUUGAGGAAUUUGCUUGAGCUGGAUUUCGAAGUCUCUGGAAGUUAUAUUCUACUUGCAAACACAUACUCAGAUUCAGGAAAAUUAGAAGGUGUUGCAUGUGUAAGGAAACUGAUGAGAGAAAAAGGAAUGAGAAAGAAUCCUGGUUGUAGCUGGAUAGAGGUUGAUAACAGAAUACAUGUGUUUACUGCAGAUGACAUAAAUCAUCCUCAAAUCAAGGACAUCUACAGCAUGUUAGAGGAGAUUACAGAAAACUAGUAAAUUUUUUAAGCUGUGGCAAAUGUAGUUGGUUGCAUUAUCUCAGAGCUGUCAAGAUAGAAACUUGCUGUGGCUUUUGGAUUUAUUAGUUUUCCUGGUUGGAUGCUCAUUUGAAGAAUCUUCGUGUUUUUCCAGAAUUGCCCCUUGGUUAUGUUACCUUGGGGGAACUUAUAGUAAGGGAUGGAUGGUGGUUUCAUCAUUUCAAGGAAAGAUCCUUAUCCCGCAGAGAUUUCUGGUAUCUUAUGGUAUGGGAUUAAGAUUAAUAAUCAUUCUACUUAUUCUUUGCACUGUUUGGGUUUGGGUUAUAUCUAUUAUAUUGGGAAUCAAGAUUGUGUUCCAUUCAUUUUUCAUGCUCAUACAAUAAUGUAACAGUGCAUUGGAUAAAAAGAAGUAAUCAUUUAAAGUAUGAUAAGAGAGA